CGAGCCCCGCCCCGCGAGAGCCGCGGCGGAGCCCAGCUCCCGGACACUCCGGACACCGCUGGACACUCCCGGACACCGCCGGACAUUCGAGGCAGCAGGAUGGCCCCACCCGUGCCCGCGCUGACCCCGGAGCAGAAGAAGGAGCUGGCGGCCAUCGCCCAGCGCAUCGUGGCCCCCGGCAAGGGCAUCCUGGCUGCUGAUGAGUCCACUGGCAGCAUCGCCAAGCGGCUGAGCUCGGUGGGCGCGGAGAACACGGAGGAGAACCGGCGCUGGUACCGGCAGCUGCUGUUCACGGCCGACAAGCGCGUGGAGCCCUGCAUCGGCGGCGUCAUCCUCUUCCACGAGACCAUGUACCAGAAGGCCGACGACGGCCGCCCCUUCCCGCAGGUCAUCCGCGACAAGGGAGCCCUGGUUGGCAUCAAGGUGGACAAGGGCGUGGUGCCCCUGGCUGGCACCAAUGGCGAGACCACGACCCAGGGGCUGGACGGGCUGAUGGAGCGCUGUGCCCAGUACAAGAAGGACGGAGCUGACUUUGCCAAGUGGCGCUGCGUGCUGAAGAUCACGGCGCACACCCCGACGCGCCUGGCCGUCAUGGAGAACGCCAACGUCCUGGCACGCUACGCCAGCAUCUGCCAGCAGAAUGGCAUCGUCCCUAUUGUGGAGCCCGAGAUCCUCCCGGACGGUGACCACGACCUCAAGACGUGCCAGUAUGUCACUGAGAAGGUGGGUGGCACCUCCGGGCUGUCCCCAAGUGUCCCCAGUUGUCCCCAGGAUGUCCUGCAGCCCUCAGGGGUCCCUGGCUCACUGGGUGACACCGAGAGGUGGCAGUUGGACAGGGUUGGUGGCACCUGGGAGGGUUUUGGUGGCACCUGGGUGGGCUUGGGGCAGCUCCUGGUGUCCCCAGCUUGUCCCGGUUGCACCUGGGAGGGGUUUGGUGACCUCUGGUGUGUCCUCAGCACUGUCCCCAACGUCCCUGCCAUGUCCCCAGAGCUGUCCCCUGAGUGUCUCUGGCAAUUCCUGAUGUCCCCAAGUGUCCCCAAUACCCCCGGGGCUGUCCCCAGGUGCUGGUGGCUGUGUCCAAGUCACAGCGACGUCCCCAGGUCACUCUGCUGUCCCCACGCAGGGAUCACGUUCCUGUCGGGGGGUCAGAGCGAGGAGGAGGCGUCUCUGAACCUCAACGCCAUCAACCGCUGCCCGCUGCCGCGGCCCUGGGCGCUCACCUUCUCCUACGGCCGCGCCCUGCAGGCCUCGGCCCUCAAGGCCUGGGGCGGCAAGAAGGACAACACCAAGGCGGCCCAGGAGGAGUACGUGAAGAGAGCACUGGCCAACUCCCUGGCGUGCCAGGGCAAGUACACCCCGAGUGGCACAGCGGGAGCGGCCGCCAGCGAGUCCCUGUUCGUGUCCAACCACGCCUACUGACCACUGACCACGGCCUGCUGCCCAGUGACCGCCCAGUGACCGCCCAGUGACCGCCCAGUGACUGCCCAGUGACCCCAGUGACCCCAGUGACCCCAGUGCCCCCUGCCCCAGCCCUGCCCCAGCCCUGCCCCAGCCCUGCAGUAAAAGGUCGCGGGUGAACUCA